UUUGGAGAGGUGGGCUCCAUGACUAAUUCUCUCUCAUAAUGUCAACUGGAAUUAUAUCUCAUACUACAUGCACUUAGCUAAUUUGAAAUUGAAAAUAUUACAAUACACAACACUAGCUUAAUUUUAAUCUUAGAAAAAAAAACCUGACUUAAUUUUUACUUAAGCUUAAACCUUAAUUGAAAUUGAUAGAAGAAGAGUACAAGACAAAGAUUCCUUGCUUCUUUUCUAGUUAUGCCUGUCUAAUAUAACUUAAACCAUGAGACUUACACAAUUAGGUUGCCAAAACCAGUAUUACUGUAUUAGUCUGCAAAGCAUAUUUUAUUUCACGUUACAUAUUGCUUGCCCAAUGGUCUGUUCCCAUCAGAUAAAUUAAUGUAGUAAAAGUUCUUCUAUAAUACUAAAACAAACAAUGCUGCAGGAAAAAAUCAGGUUCAUUUGUACAAAUAUUUGCAAUUAUUCUUGCAUAUAUAUGAAGUUAGCUACAUAUUUUUCUGGCAAGAACCAAAUAGAUCAGUUUACGUCAAAGAUAAAUAGUAGAUUGCUCCAGAUUACAUGCACUAAGAAUAAUGGACCAACAGAAGAAACACCGUCGAAGAGUGAGUUUUUCAGAUAUAACACAAGAGAAACUUGAAGAAUUCCCUAACAGCAGAGACAAAAUGAAAUCAGAAUCCUUCAGACAAGGAAGUAAUCUAAUGGACUACAAUAGCAAGGAAAGCGAAUUUGCAGCUAGCAUUGCAGCAGCAGCAUAUGCAAUUUUCUCCCUUGAAGAAACAAGAGCAGCAUUCGAGAAGAGGAUGGUCGAGAGCUUUAGAGAGGAUCCAAUAGCCAAAAACAAGAGCAUGAAAGAGGACAAUCAAGAUAAUAACAACUUUGAGCUACCGAAUUUAGAAAGUCUAAUGAGGCGAUCAACGCAAGUAGAAAGGCGAAAUGGUGGUGAUCAAGGUGCAAUAUUGAGGACUUCCACAAGAGCUAUAGAAGUGUCAGGGGCAGAUCAGCACAAGGGGAGUAGAAGGGUGCCAACUCCUAGAGCAGAAGCAUGGGAGCAAGCGCGAUUAGCCAAGAUUAAUAAAUGGUAUGAGAAGACGAGGGAGAAGAUCAUAGAAUGGGAGAAUGAGAAAAAGAUGAAAGCUGCUACUAACAUGGAAAGAAGAAAGGCUGAGCUAGAGAGGUUAAAGAGAUUAAACUUGCACCAUUACCAGAACAAAAUCGAUAAGAUCGAAGAUGUAGGUGUAGGAGCAAGGAAGCAACUUGAUGAGAAGAAGAGAAGAGAAGAAGCUUAUGCAAAGCAGCAGGGGAGGAAGAUCAGUUCAACAGGCAGAGUUCCUGUUCAAUGUUUCUGUUUUGAAUAUUAAUUAGCAUGUAUUCAUGUAUUUAUAAUAACAUAUGAUGAGAAAAUGAUUUAGCUUCUUACAGAAAUUGUACAUGGUUUAAUUCAUCUGAUAUCAAUAGAUUAUUAGCAAGAUUUUAAAUCAAAUUUAAGUAUACAUAUGAAUACAAGUU